AUGAUAAUAGUUAAAAAUUAAUAAGAAAACAAUAACUAUCUUGGAAAUAUAAGUAUUGAUAAUGAUACUGAAUUGCAUUUAUUCUAAUCGAAUAAUGAUAUAUAUUGGCACAUCAAUUUGUUUAAUAAACCUUUUAGUGUAUUUAAUUUGGCAUAAACAUAAAAAAUAUAAGAUACAGCACUUGAAAUCAAUUUAAUAGCCAUUUACGAUAAUAAAACUAAUGAGAUAAUAAUUUAUGAUGUUACUAAGUCAAUUUAAGAAAAUAUAUAUAUUGAAAUGAACUUUAAAUUUGAUUUUUAGAUUACAAUGAUUGACUGGAGUCUUUAGAUCUUCUUGUGGAUAAACAAUAAUACAAUUUACACAUUUAACAAAACUUAAAGUUCCUAAAUUUAAAAAAUUUCUACUUUAGACUCUUAAAUUAUAGACUAAAAGGUGUGUGUAAAAUAGCAAGUAAUAAUAGUUAAGACAGCUAGUUUAAAUAUUUACUCAAUCUCAAUUAAAACUCAAACUACUCAGUAAAUUGAUGUUAUUUCUCAACAACCAUAUUCAGAUUUGCAAUACUAUCUUUAAUGUGAUGAAAAUCUUGUUAUUAUCUACUAUCCUUAAAUUUAAAUAUUUAACUUUGUCACAGGAAUCAACAUAAUGACAUUUAAUAAUGUAGAUAGCUUUGAUCAAUUUUAAAAUAGUUUAUAAUGUGUGCCUUUGGUAAAUUUAUCUUAAUAGUUGAUUGUUUAUCUUUAUGAUUAAGCAAACAGUUUAUUUAAAUUAGGUGACUAUACGAAUUUUUCAUAUUUAUUUGAAUAUAGAUUUAAUAAUACAAACUUGUUUUAUGAUUUUAAAUUUUCAUAAUUACUUGCUACAACUGGAUCUGCUAAAGUAAUUAAUUCAAUUAAUAUUCCUGGGUAAUGUGAAUUAUAAACAUAUAAAACCAACAGAAAAUUUUAUAAAGAUGCUAUUUAUUUCUAUGAAAAAGGAUAAAAACUUAUAGUUGUAGAUUUGACUCCUAUGAUAUAUAUUUUAGAUUAUUCUUAAAAUAAUUUUGACUAAUGUAAUACUGAUAUUUAAAACGUUAAAGGAAUAUUGAUGGAUACAAUUUAAAAUGUGAUUUUUUUAUAUUCAGAUAUGUUUAUAUCCACUUAUUCCUAUCCUGACAUAUUAUUUAUUGAAACUUUUUCUAUAAAUUAUUAAAAUGGUGUUGAAAUAUAAAAUGUUUAUUUGAAUACCUUUUAGUAAACUUUGAUUGUUUAGACUACUUAAUAGAUUGUUGCAUUUGAUUUAUAAGAAGUAUUAUAUUCAGGUUAAACUAAUUUACUCUAAUACUAAAAUGUCCAAAAUAUCGUUUUGAAUGGAGAUUACUUAGUUUCUUAUAGUAUUAUAAAUUUAUCAAUAAACUUAUUUAAUGAUGCAUAACUGAAUUUCUAAUUGAAUUAUUUGGAAUUAUCUAUUGAAAGUCCUAUGGAGAUAAAUUUGGUUAAUUUCGAUUAAGGAGAUAUAACCUAAGCCUUCAUAUACAAUAAUUUUGUUGUUUUGCCAUCGGCCAACAUGAUCCAAAUAUUUAAUUUAUAAACUAACCAACUUAGUUAAAUAAACUUGCUCAGCAAUAAUUUAAUUAAAUUUACUUUCAAACUAUAAAAGAAAUAUAGUUAAGGUAGUAAAAUUAACUGGUGGAAAAUUUCAGUUGAUUUUGAAGAAAGAAUUAAUAAUAACGAUGCGAAUGAUGCAAAUUUAAUUUGUAUUGUAUCUUAGUAAGAAACUGACUAUUAAAUUUAAAUAGCUGACAUAUAAGAAUUAACCAUUAAGCACACACAAAUUCUAAAAUAUAUAAAAGUUACUAAUAUUGUUAAUGACCCUAUUAGAAAGUUAAUAUAUGUAGUUAUUAACAGAGGAAUUACAUAAGUUUACAACUUUUAAUUGAAAUUAUUAAUAACAAUAAAAAAUUCAUGUUUAAAAUAAGCUAUUUUAAAUUAUGAUACAAAUUUUAUUUACUCGAUAUGUCCUAAUAGCAUCAUUAUUUAUAAUGGAUUAAGCUUUUAACAAUAGUUCCCUGUUAUUAAUUAAGGGAUUAAAGAUGCAAUCAAUUAAAAUGGCAAUAACGUAAUAUCAUAAGUGAUAAAUCAACCUUUCUCAUUUCUCUAAAAUUUUAAGCUAGUUAUUAACUCUAAUUAUGCAUAACUAUAAGUAUUAAUUUCUAGCUAUAAUAAUAUUUAGCAUUUCAUUUUACCUUUAUCUGUUUAUGAAAAUUGUUCUGUUUAAUUAUAAUAUUAAAAAAAGCCUUUAGAAAAUAUUAAAAAUAUAAUAAAACUUAACUAAAUUGUUCCUGCUUUGAGUGAUAUUUAAGUACUUUCUUUGAUUGAAACUGAAUAUUAAAAUGAUUAAUUCAUCUAUAGUAUUUACUAGUUUGAGCUAGAUGAGAUUAGUGUAAUUUCUUAAUAACUUUUCAGCUUAGUUAUUUAAUCUAGAUCUUAAAUUAAUAAAAUUUAUUGUACCUUUAAAAAUAACUGGAAUGUUUUUGGAUAAGGAGGAUCAAUAUAUGCUAUUGAAAACAUUAACAUAUAAAUACUUCACACUGUCUUUUAGGAAAACUUUUGUUAAAUGUAAAAUGGAGGAGCUAUUUUUAUCUAAAACAAAAUUACCAUUUGCUAACUUAGUAUAAUGUCAAGCUAAUUUAUUUAAAAUAAAGCUUAUGCAUCCACAGGAGGAGCCAUAAGUCUCAUAAAUUCAAAUUUAAUAAUGGAAGAUAGUUUAAUUAAAUAAAAUUAAGCAGCAAUCGGUGGUGGAAUUUAUUAUGAGUAAAUAGUGCCAGACUUAAUUUUAGAUUUAGAAAAAAAAAUUCAUAGUAAAAACUCAAUUAUUGGCAAUCAAGCUUAACUAUAUGGCCAUAACUUUGGUUCAACAUUAAGAAAAAUUGAAUUAAAUUUAGAUGAUAUAAAAGUUCCAAGUUAUAGUAUUAAGAAAAGUCAUCAAUAAUAAAUAUAAAUUCAGUAGUUUAAAAGUGGAAAUUAAAUAUUCUUUGAUAAAAUUUAAUUGCUAGACGAAGAAAAUAAUCCUAUCUAAUAUCCUGAGUUAUAACUUUUACAAUUUGAUCAUUAUAGUUCAAAUGUGCAAUCUAUAAUUCAGUAAAUCGGUAUUUAAAUUAUAUGUGAAUAAUAAUUACAAUAGAUAUAAUGUAGCGGAGAGCUAUAAUCAAAACAGAUUAUUUCUGAUGGAUUUAAAUUAAAUGUUUAAAUUAUGUAUAAACCUUUAACUGAAAUGGCUUUAUAAUUAUAAUCUAAUUAAUUUUCUCAACUGAUAGAUUCUAAAGGAAAUACUUACAUAAGAUAAUAGCCAUUAUCAAAAAGUUUAACAAUUUAAAUCGAAAGCUGUUCGGUUGGAGAAAUCUAAAAGUAAAUAGGAGAUUCGAUUAUUUGUGAUGAAUGCCCUGAAGGUAAAUAUUCUUUAAAUUAGAAUGAUUUAUCUUGCUAAUAAUGUCCUGACACAGCAAUUAAGUGCUAUAGUUCUACUAUAAAUUUAAAGAAUGGAUAUUGGAGACUAAAUAAUCAAACAGAUAAUAUAAUACAAUGCAUUUUUAAUCGAGAUUCUUGCUAGCCAGAAUCUCCUGAAUCAAAGUUUAAUUGCAUUAAGGGAAAUAUAGGUCCUCUUUGCUACUCAUGUGAUAUUUAUGGAGAUGUUUGGGGAGAAAAUUACUCACAGAUAUUUAAUCCUGGAGUUUGCUAUAAGUGUGAAGAGAAUUUCUUAUUAAUUUUUCUAUAUAAUUUCAUUAUCUUCUUGCUUGUGGCUUGCUAUACCUUUUUUAUUCUUAAAAAUAUUUUAUAUAAAUUGUAAGCUAAACUAGCAUCUUACUAUUUGAACAAAGCAGGCAUUAUCUUUUUUGGUUCAACAAUUUAUAAGGCAGAUAAACCUUAAAUUGUAUCAAAGAUACUUACAGAUCAUCUAUAAAUAAUAUCUUUGCUAGCUUCUUUUUAAUUUAAUUAAUCUAAUUAUUAUAAAUUACCAUUCUAAGUAUCUGGGAGUGCUAUAAAUAUCACAAGUAAAUCUAUAGAUUGCUAUUUUUCUAAUCAUCCUGAAAUGUAACCUUUGUGGUUAUUCUAAAUAUCUUGGUCUUUUAUGCUACCUUUAUCUUUGUUGGCUAUUUAUUUGAUAGUUUAUUUGCUAUCAUAUUUUAUUAUAAAAAAGAAAAAUAUCAUUGUUAAUUACAUAAAAACUGCUUCGAUUUUCUUUUAUUUAUACUUCUUCCCUAUGGUCGUUACUCUCUUAAGUAGGUCUAUGAAUUGUAUAAAUAUUGGUAAUGAAAAAUAUCUUGAUUUAGACUUUAAUGUGAGAUGCUUUGACUCUAAAAAACACUAGCCAUAUGUCUUAUUCUUCAGCAUUCCUCUAUUAAUUAUAUGGGCUAUUUUCAUACCUCUAUUUUUGUUUUUAAAAGUUAGAAAGGGAAAAAGAUAGAAAUGGUCAAUUUUCUAAGAAAUCAAGUAUUCUUUUAUAUUUGCCGGUUAUAAAGAAAAAUUUUACUAUUGGGAAUUCGGAAAAUUAGUUUAUAAGUCAUUGUUAAUUAUAAUUUCAGUGCUACUUCAAUAAAUUGAAUUUUUUAAAAUUUGCUUGCUGAAUGUAGUAUUUUUGAUAUAGUCGUACAUCAUUUUUAAGUCAAGACCUUAUAUUAUUAGAAAUUUUAACAGCUUACUUUUAAAAUCUUCCUUACUUUGCUCUAUUUCCUUAAACGUAUCUUCGAUAUAAUCAAAUUUUGUUAAUGAGAAUCAGGUAUUUUACCAUGUAUUUUUAACAUUAUUUUUGUUGGCAAUAAAUAUAUAAUUUAUUGUAUAGCUGAUUAUGGGCAUAAUUUAAAUAACAAUAUCAAAUGAAAAAAUAAACAGAAAUUUUAUUUAAGAACUGAUUUAUAUUCUGAAAGUUAAAUAUCCCAGACUCUUUGAAAAUAUUUAGAUAUAAAGCAAUCAUCGAAUUAGAUCUUUGAUAAAAGUAAAAAGUGUCAAAAAUAAAAUAAGAAACCUCUUGUUAUACUUUAAAAAUCACAGCUUCUACCAUUAAGAAUCUUUUCAAACACAUUUCAAUUAAUAAAUUAACUAAACUUAAACUUAACAAUCAAAUUUGCAAUAAUCUAAUAAAUUUGUUCUAAUAAAAUCUCAUGAGUUGAAUUAAAGUAAUAAAAGUCUUAAAUAAAGAAAUUAAUUUUAAAACAUGAGAGAUAUGUGGGCAUACUAUACCAGAUAAACUAAAUAAAGUCCUUUAUUAUUUGAAUCCAAUGAAGAUAAAACAUAGCUUGAUACUUAACAAAGUAAAUAGUCUGAAAAUGAUAAUGAAAGAAUAAUGACCAGCAAUAGUUGUACUAAUGCUGACAAAGUGUUAGUAGAGUUAGUAAAUAAUAGCCAAUGA